AUGAAAGCUUAUUGUGUAUUCUACUGUAACCAAUAUGUUAGAAUCUUAAAACAAGGUCAUUCUAAAUUUAGAGAUGUGUGUUUAGAAUAUUUAAAUAUUGAUGUCGAUAAAGUAAUUUCAGCUUCUUUAGCUAAUACUUACUUUAAGCAAAAUGUAUAUUCAAAAAUAAAUAAUUUAAAAGAAUAUGGUGGUAAAGUUAGAGAAUUUAUUCAAGGAGCUAUUUAUGGAGGAAGAUGUAUGACUAGAGAUAAUAAAAAGUGGUAUGUAAAUGAUGAAUUAUAUGAUUAUGAUGCUUGUUCAUUAUAUCCUUCAGCUAUUAAUAGAUUAAAAUUAGCAACCGGUUCUCCAAUUGUUAUUCCUGAAAAUAUGUUAUCUAAUGAUUAUUUACUUAAUCACCUUAUGGAUGAACAACAAUUAGAACCUACUGAAAGUAAAUUUAUUUCUGCUUUUCUUGUUGAUAUUGAUAUUACUAAAGUAAAUAAGAAAUUACAUUUCCCAUUAAUUGUUAAAAAAGAUAAAACUGGUAAUCAUAAUACUAAUGAACCUUGUGUUAUGAGA